ACAUCACAUGACCGCAGCACUGCCGUCUGUUUGUAGCCGAUGUACUUCUAGCUCGCGUCCACGCGUUGUGCAUGAUACUUUUGUUAAGCCGAAAUAAAGGCUGUGUUAGAAAAAGAUAUCUGACCACUCGUCAUUUCACAUGGUGUCAGACGUUAACCGGACCUGAUUUUCACCACAAAAACGGGAAGGUGAAUGAGAAUCUAGCGCCAUGGCUAUGUUUAGCCCGCCUGCUAACUUUUCCUUUGAAAAACCGACUGAGUGGCCGGACUGGAAACAGCGUUUUGAGCGCUACAGAAUCGCCACAAAACUGGACAAAGACGAGGGGCCAGUGCAAGUAAGUUGUUUAAUCUAUGCUAUGGGCGCUGAAGCCGAGUACAUUUUCAAGUCCUUCACGUUUGUACAAGACGGGGACAAGGACGACUUUGCAAUAGUUAUGGCAAAGUUUGAUGACUACUUUUUCCCGCGACGAAACGUGAUACACGAGCGGGCCCGUUUUCAUCAGCGUGUACAGCGUCCCGGGGAGAAUGCGGAGAGUUUUAUCCGAGCACUCCAUGAAAUAUCCAAGCACUGCGACUUCGGUGCGGCAAGGGAUGAGCACAUCCGCGACCGGAUUGUUGUUGGGAUCCGGGAUAAAGAGCUCUCACGUAUGCUGCAGCUCAUGUCGGAUCUCACACUGGCGCUCACCAUACAAACAGUGAGGCUGUCUGAAGAGGUGCGGCCCAAGAAUAAAAGCACAAGCUGGAGAACACAUCGCAAACAAGAUACAUCUCCAAUGUUGGCGGAGAAGAAAUCUAAGCCUGUUGACGUUGGGAGUGAUGGUGCAGUCCAGUCAUUGGCCAACUAUUUGUGCACCUUAAGGGACCAUAGCCGUGCGUUGUCUAUGGAGGAGUCAAGUCACAUCGUGUCCCUCUGGAGUGCACUGAGUGACUUUGACAAAGCCAGGACAGUGUACCUACCUCGUCAUCAAGACACAUUGGCGAAAGGUUGCUUUAGGGCCACCAAGAAACUUGUGCCACCAGGAGUCAAAUCCAUUAGACGCUGCUUCGCUGGCUCCAAUACCCCAGCUCAAUGGCCUGACUGCAACCGUGUGGUCGAGGCCAUCUUUGUUAAGCUCUGCUUAACAAUCACCUGUUGCAAGAAGACCCUAGAAGGCACUCGCAGCAGGUGGGCUCAGGUCAUCCAUUCAUACAGUACCAUUAGGGAGUGCAUCGUGACCAAUGCAAAUGUGAUGGCUGAGACGACGUUGCAACUUCCAGAGGUCAAUGUAGCCACAUUGGCACAGUGGUACAACAAGCGGAAAAAGAACAGGGAGGUUAAUCAAGGUAUCAUCCACUCUGAUGGACUACAGGCUGGUCCUGUACACCUUUCUACACCUCAAAAUGAAGUUUUUUCUACCUCACCAGCUGGCAAUAAACAUGUGUUCGUGCUGCCACAAAACACAACCAGGAUGGCAAAAGAGGAGAAGCCUCUCCAAUUUGCUGCCACAGCAGUGUCAACUCCCAUCCUCAUUUCCCCCAUCUCUACUACACCAGUGCCACAUCACCAGCAUCCAGUUGGCCAAGGGACCUCUGUCCAGCAUCCACCACCAACCCCUGUUAUGGGCUUAAUAAUACCUGUCUCAAUCACCUCACUGUCAGCCAGACCAGGAGCAACUGGAGCAACCUUCCUGCUCCCCCAAUCCAAUCCUCACGGUGGUGAGCAGCAAGUAACACCAAGGCCAAUCCUGCCUGCCACCAGAGCUGCCCUUCCUGCACCUGUGUCCUCACGGGUGUCCCUGUCCCUCAACCCAAGCCUUCCAACUGCUACUUUCUAUUAUAGAAAGCGAAAGAGAGAAAGGGAGAUUGCAGGUAUUUUCUCCAGAAAAUAUGUGAGGAAGAGUGAGGUGAUCCAUUGCAAAGCAUGCAAAAAAGACAGAAAAUCAGAUGGCCACCACCACCACUAUGGCAACUGGUACUGCCAAGAAACUGCCAGUCAAACAUUAGAUGAGUGGAGGGAGGCAAUGGCAGCCAAAGGCUAUGGCAGAAAGGGCACAGGACAAAAUUAAUGUUAUUGUGUAAAUAAUGUGUUUCCAACUGUUUGAAAUGUUUCCAACCAACUUACUCCAUUUUGUAUUGCAGCUUUGGGUUUAUUUUAAAUGUUUCAAUAUACACAUUGUUGAUUAAAAUGUUUCCUUGUGUUUAAUUUAUUUUCAUUUAGUUAUUGUUGGUUUUCACAUUUUACAACAACAUAUAUGGGCCAAAGUG